UCUUGUUGGAGCAAACAUCAUCCAAACUUUUCGCUGCCUAUGUGGCUCGCAAUUUAGCCGCAAAAUUUAUGGAAAUUACUUCAAAAAAUAACCAUUUCUGUUUAAAAAAAGUAUUACUAUUAAUGUAAUUAAUGUAAUUAUGUACGUGAUUGUCAAUAAACUGUUUUAGAAGUGAAAAAUAAUUAUGAAAUUAAAUACAAUUUGAAAAAGAGGUUUUACUUAGGUAUACAAAAUAAUAUAUCGUUACUCUUCCUACAAGUAAGAUUUCGCGAAAAAAUUGUGAACAAACAACAUUCGGUUUUUCUUACAGUCGCUUACAAAAUUUGGAAUCUGUGUAUUUAUUUAGUUUACAUUUAAGAAUAUUUUUGUUCUUUGCUAUAAAAACAACAAAUCAAAAUCAAACCUAAAAUUAAAAUAGAAACAAUGGAAACACAGAAAGAAGGUCAUGGUGCGAGUGUGGCACUGGCAUCAUCAACAACAGCUCCACAAGAGGGAACCCGCCAGAACAGCUUGCAGAGGAUCCAGCAACGCAAGCAGAAGGCUUUCAAUUUGCCCUUAUCGCAGCAACUGGCCAAGCUAUCAAUGUAUUCUGCUUGUCAGGUUGAAAACUGUCGCUGCACAGGAUGGAAAACACUCCAAGAGAAUCGCCAACGGAACGUCGAGAGCUCCUAUUGCCCAGAGUUCUCCGAAGAGUGCCGGAAUUCAGUUUGUAAACAUCCUCUACAGAAUCACAUUUCUCACCUGGAUGGGAUAUCUAGUGAUCAGAUGAAUGAACUCCUAGGAGCCAUCAUUGACAUGGAAAAUCUGUUCAUGAGCAUGCAACGGGUUGAAGACGAAGACACCAAGAAGGUCUAUUUAUACCUCUUUCGUUUGCUUAGGCAGUGUGUGAUUUCAAGACAAAAAGCCGUAAUCCGAGGUCCUCUGGGAGAUCCACCCUUUGAGGCUCCUUGCAUUACUAAAGCAAUAUCCAGCUUCGUUUUCUACAAGUACAGUCAUUUGAGUCAAUCAGAAUUGAGCACCAUGACGGAGGUUGCCAAAACAUUCCUGAACUUCCUCAAUCAUUAUAACUUCGAGCCGCCGUCGGUGCGGAGGGCAGACUUAACCCACGAAGAUGCCUCUACAUACAAGAUAAACUACACCCGAUGGCUGGUGUUUUGCCACGUGCCUGCCUUUUGUAAUUCCCUGAGGCAUUUCGAUACAUCUUUGGUCUUUGGAAGGACUCUUUUAAAAACGGUGUUCCUUUGCAUGGCGCAGCAGUUGAAGAAAAAGUGCAUUACGGAGCGGGAUCGUUUCCCCGCCGACAAACGAGCCAUUAUCACACAAAUGCCCAAGUUUCUAGAAUCUCUUAAAGGUGAAAUAUUGAAAGAUGACUCUCCCAUUUGGGAUCAGUCGUAUCGUCCUCCGAAUACGUUUCUUUCGCAACAAAAGAAACGCCAACAAGAAGCUGUUGCAGGGGCUUUGAAGCGACCAGCAGAACCGGCUUACAAAAGACCCAAAAAAGAAGCUGAUCGAGGUUCGGAUAAUGAGGAUCUUUCGGAUGAGACGGUGCUACGAGCUAUGAAAAAUAUUUCCGAAUCAAAAGCCCUCACAAAGACCGAAGUUCUGUUUCCUGUUAAUGUUUCGAGAGAUGAAAUUGUCAAAGCGGAAGAGAGUCAAGGUCAAAUUCAGUUUCACAUUGUUGGGAAUUCAUUGUCGCAGCCAGUGGAGAAACAAACUAUGUUGUGGCUUUUGGGUUUGCAUAGUGUAUUUGCUCAUCAACUCACUGAAAUGCCUCGUGAGUACAUAAGCCAAUUGGUCUUCGACACAAAACACAAAACCUUAGCUCUAAUCAAAGACAACCAGCCAAUAGGCGGGAUCUGCUUCAGACCAUUCCCUACACAAGGAUUUACCGAAAUAGUAUUUUGUGCUGUCACCAUGAGUGAACAGGAAAAAGGCUAUGGAUCGCAUCUUAUGAAUCAUCUUAAAGAUUACAGCAUUCAACGUGGCCUGAGACAUUUUCUAACAUAUGCCGAUGAGCAUGCAAUUGGAUAUUUCAAGAAGCAGGGGUUUUCCAAGGACAUUAAGUUGGCCCGUCCAGUUUAUGCGGGAUACAUCAAAGAGUACGAUCGUGCAACUCUGAUGCACUGUGAACUUCAUCCCAGCAUUGUUUAUACUCAAUUCAUUUCGGUAAUUCAGAAACAACGGGAAAUCCUGAAAGAACUGAUUGCACAGCGUCAUAAGGAGGUUCAAAAGAUCAGAACCGGAUUGACGUGCUUCAAAGAAGGAGUCCGUGCCAUUCCUGUGGAAUCGAUUCCAGGCCUGCGAGAGAUUGGCUGGAAACCGCAAAUGCGCGCUCAACGCACUUCUCGUCCCCUCGAGGAAUCAACCGAUCCUGACAAGCUGGCAACAUCAUUUGCGACUGUUUUGCAAGCAGUCAGACAGCAUGCAUCUGCAUGGCCCUUCUUAAAACCUGUCGCUGUGGCUGAUGUCCCCGACUACUAUGACCACAUAAAGUAUCCCAUGGAUAUGAAGACUAUGGGCGAACGCCUGAAAAAAGGCUACUACGUUACGCGGCGUCUCUUUAUGGCAGACAUGGCAAGAAUUUUCUCCAAUUGUAGAUUCUACAAUCAACCUGACACCGAAUAUUAUCGAUGUGCUAAUUCUGUUGAACGAUAUUUCCAAACCAAGAUGCGAGAGCUUGGAUUAUGGGAUAAAUAAUUUGAAGAGGGUCGUUUUUGAAUUAUUUUUAAGAAGAUAAUAAAAACUAGCAAUUAAGGUGAUUUUAAUGUUUCGAAUUUAAAUUUAAAUUAUUAAAUAAAUAACUUAAAUUAAGUUUAACACGGUUUAA